UCUUACAAAAUCCGAGUUCGUGCAUCUUUAUGUUGGUCGAUGUAUAAAGCGUUGUGGUGGUAGGAAAAGCAGUCAUUCGGUCGCAAACAGAGCGCCAGUGAAGUAGUAAAAACAAUUCGAUAUCAUUUUUCAGUGUUUAAUAAGAAAGUGUUAUUAAAAAAUCAUGCGCUGGUUGACACAUUUAGGUAUCCUGCUAUUGACGAUAGCUAGUAUAUCUGCAGAUUGGUCAUGGGGCGGAGAUGAUGCUGAUAAAAAUUUGGAACAAGAGAAUGAUAAGCCAGCAGAACUGUUGCAAGGGGAAGAGACUGUUGUAGCGCAAGAGAAUAAAUACAACACCACUGGCUCUGUACUGGACGAUAUCGUUGACGAAUUAGUAAGCAGCAAGCAGGGAAGAAGUCUAGGUGGCUUUGACGAUGUGUAUAGCGAUCCAACAAUCAAAGAUGCUUUAGACUCGGGAGACGAUAUUGAAGCAAGAAAUUUAAUCAAAGGCCGUCUUUGCACCUUAGGACUUAUUCAAUGUGAAGAUGAAGAAACUCAAGAGAAAAGGUACGUUUCGCCCGAUGAAUUGAUUUAUGCCCAACCUGUUGACAUCAAGCCUAUUGGAAAACCUAUCGCCUCCAUCCCAAUACGGGGCCCGCCCAGAGCUUAUGGACCUCCUAAACCAAUGCUAUAUCCUCCACGCCCGCAAAAAAUUCCUCCUAGAAGACCAGGAUAUGGUGGAAACGUACGACCAGGAUUUUCGGAUAAAUACGGUGUUGCUGGCGGUAACUUCCAAUUUUCUCAAAGCAGUGGUAGCAGUGGCUUCAACGGGUUUGACACUAACUAUGUUACCAAGGCACCCAUAUAUGCAAACAACGAACCGUAUAACUUUGAAAACUCGAAACCUGUUUAUAACAAAGUACCCACAGCUGGUCACAAUAGCAAAACUGAAUCUGUAGUACAACAACAUGUUCACCACCACUACGUACACAGCGAUGGCGACAAAGAGCCAAAGGUUAUAAUAAAACCCGUAGCUAUCCCAGUUGGGUCAGUAGGUCAUCUCGCGACCCAGUUACACAACCAAGAAUCUACUGACGUUAUAACUUCGUCUGGAGGAGACUUCAACGCCGUCUCUUCAGGAGGAUUCAAACCCAUGACCGGUUAUCCUCAAAGUAUAAAACCAGUUUAUGAUACAGAUACUGUAUAUGGAUCACAAUAUGGCCACAGUGCGUUCAACAAAGGUAGCACCAAUCUCCUCAAUCAAGGAUUACCAAACCAAUACACCAACAAUGGUUUUGAUGACCAAAAAUACGGAAAUUCUUUAGGCAGUUACGCAUCCCAAAAUGGAGAGUUUUACAAAAAGGAAUUGAACGUUGGUUCUGGUAACAAUCUGUAUAACCAGGGCCCAGCGACAUUUGGGCAAAAUAAUAAUCUUUACCAACAAAACUACCACGAAGCUAAAGCACAAGGAUUCGAAUGUGUAUGUGUUAGUUACGAUCAAUGUCCGAGUCAGGAGAUUAUUGGCCGCAGAGAUGAUUUAUAUCUGCCUAUAGAUCCACGUAAUAAGGGAAGCGACAUCACAGCUCUAACUGAAGAACAACUAGAUACACUAAACAAAACCUUGGACGAUGCAAAACUCAACCAAAAUAGUACUGAAGUUAAGGAAAUUUCAAAACGAGAUGUCAGCGAAGUUAAGGACAAAGAAGCCGCGAAAGAAAUUGAACCGCGCCUCCUUGGGUUGACUGGUUUCGGCGAAAAUGGCGGUAAUAACAAGAAAGUGCAGCCUACGUUUGGUGUCUCUUUUGGGUUGCCCCAGCCUUCCCAUGGUUAUCCUAUAAAUCCCUUCAACUCAAAUCCCAUACAUAAUCCCUAUGGUCCUGCAUUGAACAGCGGAGGAAUUAAUUUAGGUUUAUUAUCUGUAAGUCCUUUGUUGGCUGUGCAAGUUACCAAAGAUGAUUAUGGUGAAAAAGUUGUUAAACCUUUUGUGAAUUUACACGUUACUCCAAAUGAACACGUGGUUAAUAAACUGGGGCAUAUUUUCCACGAGAAAAAGCAAUAUCUUCUUAACAAGCACGAGCAUUAUCAUCAUUAUAGACCAUAUUCUUAUAACCACCAUUUACACAGACCGUAUGCAUACCCUGUGCAUCCACCGCAUUAUAUUCCCAAACCACCAAUAUAUUCACCUCACUAUUCUCAUUAUGAAAAUGGUCACUAUCGUGAAAAUCUUCAAGGAUCGUUAGGUAAUGAUGAUUACUAUGACGAUGAUAAUGAUGAUAAUAAUAAUAGUAAUAGUUACGAUGGGUCCCUUGAGCACAAUCCUCAUUUUGGUAGUUAUGGGUUUGAAAGAUCUGCAAACACCAGCGCUAACAAUAGAGAUGUUAAUAACUAUGCUAAUCGAUAUGCAUAUUCACGUUCCCUUACUAUCCCUUCUAAUCCUGGGGCAAACCGGGGAGGCCAAGCAAUCCGGUUUCCUGAGAAAAGAAAGAAAAGAGAUAUUUCCAUAGAAGCCUCCAAAAUCGAACAAAUCGAAGAGCGUCAAGGAUACUUCGGCCGACCACAAAUCCCUCAAUGCCAACAAAAUCAAGUAUGUUGCCGUCGACCACUCCGGCCUCAAGCAUCUAAUCGUGGACAGUGUGGAAUAAGACACUCACAAGGCAUAAAUGGCAGAAUUAAGACACCAUCCUACGUAGAUGGUGACAGUGAAUUUGGAGAAUAUCCAUGGCAAGCCGCUAUAUUAAAGAAAGAUCCUAAAGAGUCAGUUUAUGUCUGCGGAGGAACACUCAUUGACGGACUCCAUAUUAUGACAGCAGCACAUUGCAUUAAAUCAUACAAAGGAUUCGAGCUAAGGGUACGUUUGGGUGAAUGGGAUGUCAAUCACGAUGUUGAAUUUUACCCAUAUAUCGAGAGAGACGUUAUUUCUGUACAUGUACAUCCUCAGUACUACGCCGGUACUUUAGACAACGACCUGGCUAUUUUGAAGUUAGAUCACCUAGUGGAUUGGACAAAGUAUCCUCAUAUCAGCCCUGCUUGCUUACCCGAUAAAUACACGGAAUACGCUGGCCAAAGAUGUUGGACUACCGGCUGGGGGAAGGACGCAUUCGGCUCCAACGGAAAAUACCAAAAUAUCCUGAAAGAGGUUGAUGUGCCAAUACUUCCUCACGGACAAUGUCAGCAACAGCUGAGGCAGACACGUUUAGGCUACAAUUAUGAAUUGAAUCCUGGCUUUGUAUGUGCCGGUGGUGAAGAUGGCAAAGACGCUUGCAAAGGUGACGGCGGUGGUCCUUUAGUGUGCGAGCGCAGCGGCACUUGGCAAUUAGUUGGCGUCGUCUCCUGGGGUAUUGGAUGCGGCCAAGUCGGCGUCCCCGGCGUUUACGUGAAAGUCGCUCACUAUCUAGACUGGAUCUCGCAAAUCACAGGGAAAUUUUCCCAUUAUUAAAUUAUAUUCAGGUGUGAUAAUAUUCUGAACUUUAGAAUGUAGAGAUUAUUUAAAAUUUUAAUUUAUUUCCCUUUAGACGGUAAUGUCUAGAGAUAUUAAGUAAAUGCUUGUGCAGUAUUUUUGUAAAAUAAAUAAAAUAAUAAAUUGAA